GCGCCGCCUCCAUUCCCCGACGCAGGCCGCCCGGCAGCCGUGACAAUGUCGCGGGGCUGGUAGCUGGGCGCCCGCCGUCGAACCAUCUCAAGUUUAAACUUAUAGGAAUCGCUCUUCUGAGGAGGAGGGGACCGCCCCGCCACUGACACGCGUAUUCCUAUAGGCAUCCUCCCUCAGCCCCCACCCCCACGGCCGGAUUCGGGUGGCUCCUCUCGGAGCUGAAAUCCGAGAAGAAAUCCUUGGAUCUCUUGUUUUCUUAAAAGAAAAAAAAUCUAGAAGCUGUCGGUGUUUUGCUUUACUGCUUCCUAUUCGCAAGAUGAAGAAGUUUUUCGACUCCCGGCGAGAGCAGGGCAGCUCUGGCCUGGGCUCCGGCUCCAGCGGAGGUGGGGGCAGCACCUCGGGCCUGGGCAGUGGCUACAUCGGAAGGGUCUUUGGCAUUGGGCGACAGCAGGUCACUGUGGACGAGGUGUUGGCGGAAGGUGGAUUUGCUAUCGUGUUUCUGGUGAGGACAAGCAACGGAAUGAAAUGUGCCUUGAAACGCAUGUUUGUCAACAAUGAGUAUGAUCUCCAGGUGUGCAAGAGAGAAAUCCAGAUAAUGAGGGACUUGUCAGGACACAAGAACAUUGUGGGUUACAUUGAUUCUAGUAUCAACAAUGUGAGUAGUGGUGAUGUAUGGGAAGUGCUCAUUCUGAUGGACUUCUGUAGGGGAGGCCAGGUGGUCAACCUGAUGAACCAACGCCUGCAAACAGGUUUUACAGAGAAUGAAGUGCUCCAGAUAUUUUGUGAUACCUGUGAAGCUGUUGCCCGCCUCCAUCAGUGCAAAACUCCCAUUAUUCACCGUGACCUGAAGGUUGAAAAUAUCCUCUUGCAUGACCGAGGCCACUACGUCUUGUGUGAUUUUGGAAGCGCCACCAACAAAUUCCAGAAUCCACAGUCUGAAGGAGUGAAUGCAGUAGAAGAUGAGAUCAAAAAAUACACAACGCUGUCCUACCGAGCACCAGAAAUGGUCAACCUGUAUAGUGGCAAAAUCAUCACUACGAAGGCAGACAUUUGGGCUCUUGGAUGUUUAUUGUAUAAAUUAUGCUACUUCACUUUGCCAUUUGGGGAGAGUCAGGUGGCAAUUUGUGAUGGAAACUUCACAAUUCCUGAUAACUCUCGAUAUUCCCAAGACAUGCACUGCUUAAUUAGGUAUAUGUUGGAACCAGACCCUGACAAAAGGCCGGAUAUUUACCAGGUCUCCUACUUCUCAUUUAAACUACUCAAGAAAGAAUGCCCAAUUCCAAAUGUACAGAACUCUCCCAUUCCUGCAAAGCUUCCUGAGCCAGUGAAAGCCAGUGAAGCAGCUGCAAAGAAGACCCAGCCAAAGGCCAGACUGACAGAUCCCAUUCCCACCACAGAGACUUCCAUUGCACCCCGCCAGAGGCCUAAAGCUGGGCAGACUCAGCCGAACCCAGGAAUCCUUCCCAUCCAGCCAGCCCUGACACCUCGAAAGAGAGCCACGGUUCAGCCCCCACCUCAGGCUGCUGGAUCCAGCAAUCAGCCUGGUCUUUUAGCCAAUGUUUCCCAGCCAAAAACCCAGCCCUCACCCAGCCAACCUCUAUCACAAUCGCAGCCCAAGCAACCACAGGCUCCGCCCACCCCACAGCAGACACCUUCCACUCCAGCCCAGGGUCUGCCCACUCAGGCCCAGGCAACACCCCAGCACCAGCAGCAACUUUUCCUCAAGCAGCAACAACAGCAGCAGCAGCAGCAGCAGCAGCAACAGCCACCACCACCAUCACAGCAACCAGCAGGCACAUUUUACCAGCAGCAGCAGCAGACUCCGGCUCAGCAGUUUCAGGCAGCACACCCAGCAACCCAGCAACCAGCAAUUGCCCAGUUCCCAGUGGUGUCCCAAGGAAGCUGUCAACAACAGCAGCUGAUGCAGAACUUCUACCAGCAGCAGCAGCAGCAGCAGCAGCAGCAGCAGCAGCAGCAGCUCACCACAGCCCUGCAUCAACAACAGCUGCUGACUCAGCAGUCCGCCCUGCAGCAGAAGCCCGCUGUGGCAGCAGCACAGCAGCCCCAGGCACAGCCGGCUGUGGCCUCACAGCCGUCCCCUGCCCAGGAGCCAGCGAUUCAAGCCCCAGUAAGACAACAGCCAACGGUUCAGACAACCCCACCUCCUGCUGUCCAGGGACAGAAACUUGGAUCUCUUACUCCUCCAUCAUCCCCGAAGACCCAACGUGCUGGACACAGGCGGAUUCUCAGUGAUGUAACCCACAGUGCAGUGUUUGGGGUCCCUGCCAGCAGAUCAACCCAGCUGCUCCAAGCAGCUGCAGCUGAGGCCAGUCUGAAUAAGUCCAAGUCUGCAACCACCACUCCAUCAGGCUCUCCUCGGACCUCCCAGCAAAACGUUUAUAAUCCUUCAGAAGGUUCUACAUGGAAUCCCUUUGAUGAUGACAAUUUCUCCAAACUUACAGCUGAAGAACUGCUGAACAAGGACUUUGCCAAGCUAGGGGAAGGCAAACAUCCUGAGAAGCUUGGAGGCUCAGCUGAGAGUUUGAUCCCAGGUUUUCAGCCGACCCAAAGUGAUGCUUUUACCACUUCUUCGUUUUCUGCUGGAACCGCUCCAGCUGAAAAAAGGAAGGGUGGGCAGACUGUGGAUUCUAACCUCCCACUUCUAAGCGUAUCUGAUCCUUUCAUUCCUCUUCAAGUACCUGAUGCACCAGAAAAGCUAAUUGAGGGACUCAAAUCUCCUGACACUUCUCUUCUGCUCCCUGACCUCUUGCCCAUGACAGAUCCUUUUGGUAGCACUUCUGAUGCUGUUAUUGAAAAAGCUGAUGUUGCUGUUGAGAGUCUCAUACCAGGACUGGAGCCCCCGGUGCCCCAGCGCCUCCCAUCUCAGACGGAGUCUGUGACCUCGAACCGCACAGAUUCUCUCACCGGGGAAGAUUCCCUGAUCGAUUGCUCUCUGCUUUCUAACCCUACUACUGACCUUCUGGAAGAGUUUGCCCCCAUAGCAAUCUCUGCUUCUGCCCAUAAAGGUCUCCAGAGAGAGCCCAAUCCCUGUCCUGUAAUAACUGUAGAGCACUUUAAAGAAUCAACGGGCAUUAAAGGCCUUCCUCUGUAUCCAGACCCCUCCAGACUAUCUGACAUGAAAACUCAGAACAAUUUAGAAUCCGACUACUUGGCCAGAGAUGGCCCUUCAAGCAACAGCUCAUUCCAUAGCAGUGAAGAGGAAGGGACUGACCUUGAGGGGGACAUGCUAGACUGCAGCGGUUCUCGACCUCUCCUCAUGGAGUCUGAAGACGAGGACGAGAGCUGCAAGCCUCUGCAGGGGAAGCUGGGAGGAGCCAUUCCAUUCGCUCAGCCAGAAGUCUCUACUGACCAAGGAAAGUCCGUGCAAAGUGGAAGAAAGAACCGGUUUCAAGCCCUCACACAACCAACCACAGAUGGUGUUGGUGAGCCAGAUGUUUUUGCCACAGCCCCCUUCAGGAGCUCGAGGGUUCCAGCUGAUGAAAUGGACAUUUUCUCCAAAGCCCCAUUUGUCUCCAAGGGCAUCAUGACUCCUUCCCAGCCAGAGGAGGCGGACGUGUUCUUGAGAGCUCCUUUUACCAAGAAGAAAAGUGUGGAGGAGUUAACAGUUGCCCAGAGUACCUCCCAGGAGUUGCCUGCGCAGGCCAGUCUUCUCAGUCAGACAGAUGAGGUUGCUGUGCUCUCAGGCCUUGACAGAGCAGUUUACGCCACUGUCCGAUCUCAGUAUUCCAUGGCUGGUUUUGCUCAACAAUCCAGCCUCCCCUCCCAUUCUGUACAAGCAGCAGACCAUCCUGACAGCAUCUCACCCAGGGGAUCCUCCCUGGAAUCGGGGGCCCAUCCUAAUGACAGAAACAAAGGACUUCAGCCUCAGAAAGAAGCUGUUUCAGGCCCCAUGGCUGGCAAACCAUUCCGCCCCCAGUCUUUAUCCAAAUACUCCCGUCACUAUAGCCCAGAAGAUGAGCCAGGUCCGGAAGCCCAGCCCAUUGCUGCCUACAAAAUUGUCUCGCAAACCAAUAAGCAGUCCAUAGCUGGCUCUGUUUCCAUCACCUCCCUUUCCUCCAGGACUACAGAGCUGCCAGCUGCUGAUCCUUUUGCUUUAGCACCCUUUCCUUCGAAGUCAGGCAAGCAGAAACCGUAGGAGCAAUACCUGAGCCUUAGGCCUGUCUCUACCCCACCCUCCGUAACCCACCACACUACUCCCAGCUGAGCCUAAGAAGAAAUAUAUCAAUUAUUAUCUUUCAGUUCCCUGGGUCAGAGCAGGACAUCAGUCACAAACUCAGUUGCAGUGAUACUUGGUCAAAACUCCUUUAAGUUUGUUCAGAUCUUUUGUUUAUAUUGAUUACUGGACUUUCAGGCAGUUCCAUCUCCACCUCUACCCAGAACUUGGCUCCCUCCCACCCCCAGAAACUGUUUAAAUCCAGAAAUACUUCACUCCAACCCCAAAGGGGCCAUGUUAUUGCUAAUUUUAAUUCCUGCAAUCCUGUUCUGAGUCAUGUUCAUUGAGGAGUCAAGAUUAGCCCCUCCAGGACUUGAUUUAAUACUCUUGAAACGGAGAAAUUUCUGGAAAGAAAUGCAAGAUGAAAAUCCCGCACAUCAAGAGGAAGUGUAAGCCUGCAGAUAUAAUCAUUCCUGUAAAACCAGCAGCUCUAGGAUUCUCUGCAUCUGUUUCUGAGUCUGCGCCAGCCAGGUGGCCCUCAUGCAUGCCUGUCUGGGGGUGUUUAAUGUGUGUCAGAUCUUUUCCUAUGUAGAAAUGCAAACAGAUAUUUGCACUCAUGUCUCAUAGUGCUGAGCCUUCCCUAUGUCUGUGCCGCUUUGUAAAUUAGUAAGAGUGCACAGGUGUGUGUGUGUGUGUGUACGGGUGCGUGCACAGGAAACGUUUUUUCUUUAGGAUAAUCCUGUCCCACCAUGCCUACCUCCACAAUCACUCAUUUACUGGCAUUUGUCUCCUGCACUAAUGAACUUGAACCCUAUUUUUAUUUAGUUCUUUUCUCAUGGCAAAAUGAAUUUCAUUGGAAGGUGUAGGGAAAUCAGCUGAAACAGGUUUCAGAGUAGACCCCCCCCCCCAAUUUGCUCUUUAUGAUGAACAAUUCCAUUUACCUGGUCUUGAAAAAUUAAUUAUUUUUCUACAUUUUCUCUUCAGAACAAUAUGAAAGGGUACCUUGUUUCAGUUUCAACCACUGGGUAUGUGGUCUUAGUAAUUUUUUAAAAGGACUUAAGAACUUCAUACUAUCAUGGAAUUAAUUAAUGAUGAGACUAGGCCACAAACUAGAUUUUCUUGUUUGUUUGUUCCAAAUCCUUGCCAUUUUUCUCUACUGCCUCUUGAAGAAAUAUAAAUCUGAGACUUAUAAAUAAGUUUGUAUGGGAGAGUGGAAAGAGCUGAAUCUGUUAGCUAUGAAAACUUUUAUUCUCUCUCCUCUUUAGAUGUAAGUAAGCCAGAUAAAUGACAUGACUUGUGUUUUUAAAAUUCUUUUCUUUCUGGAAAGAUCUGACUCAUUCCUAGCUGUUUUCAUACCCUUUAUUAUUAGUACCUUAAAAUGAAAUUUAUGUCUCAAUGGGAAGACUUCUGAAGAAAUUCAACUUAAUGGGGAGAAUUGCUACACCAUGUUUCAAUGUGAAAGCUUCCUGUGGCUUACAGUAAAUGCCAGGGAUUUUUUUUUCUUUUCCAUUAGCUGGAGAAAUUGAGGGAGUUGCUUACCAAACAAGAUUAGUGAUUUAAGAAUUCCUAGAAAUUCAUCCAAGAAUCAAGCCCGAAUGUCAAAUUCUGUUGUAGUUGAUGAGGUAUGAUAGUUAUUAAAUUUACAGUUCAUGGAUCUUGGCAGUAAACUAUGAACAACUGCUUUUCAAAACUUUUUCUAGUUUUGUCUACACCUACUGCAAAUGUCCAGGUUAAAAGAUAAACUUAAAUACUUAGCACUGGAUCAGGGCUACCAGCAGUGGUUUUCCAGCUGAGGUUUCUUUGUGCCAGAAACAAAUGUCUUUCACUUUGUUCAAGGCUAAAUGUUCAUUUUAAGACUUUUCUUUCUCCCAGUGAUCAUUUCUGAUUUUUCUGAGUAACUGUGGAUGCAAAAUUAUCUUUCUAGUAGAAUUUUUGUUUUAGCUAAUGCAUAUGGAACUUUGUACCCCAAAUCUUCCCUUUGAUAUUAUCAAUUAAAGCCUUCAAAGGCAGAAGCCAAGAGGGAAGAUAGGAAUAUUCAAGAGAAUUCUCACCCCAAUCAGAAACUCUUAAAAAGUAGAUCAUUCUAAUUUACUCUUCCAAAUAUUCAGGAUGACUACCUCUAUAACAGCCCUUCCAUCUGUUUUUCCUUUGGUUAUUUGUUCACAUCCUCCUAAUCAAGUAGCCAUUUUAGUUCUCAAGAUAAAGUCAGUAAAAUCAUGGUGAUUUUUAUUAUGUAGUUGAAUCAUUUAUCAAGCAUGGAUUCAUAACCGGUUUUUUUCUUACUGGAGACCUAUGAUGGUUGGAGACGAAAUACCUUUGAAUAGGAAAUGAAUAUAAACACAUACAAAUUACUGUUGUAGUCUUACUGAUACAUGAAAAUAUUUUGACUAUGGGAUUACAUUAAUAAUUAGCUUAUAACUAUUGAAUUCUGUAAUGAUCUUUGUAUCAUAAUGGGUAAAUGCAUCAUUGAAAGAUAAAAUAUUCUUGCCAGAGGCCAUCCUGAAUCCGGAAAUCUGGAAAAUUUAGUUUUAAAGGAAUCAGGAUGCUCAGGGUGCUUUGAAUUAGUAGUAAAUGCAUGUUUCCAACAACUACAUUGCAAUAGGUUAACAUUAAAGAGAAAAAAAGAAAUAAUAUAGUCAACAAAAUACUGCACUUCUUGUUUUAGUUUGUUUCAUGUGUUACUUGCUUUACACAUCUGAUAGGGAAUACAGGAACUUGUAACCUUUCAUUUCAGUGGAGCACAGUGAGCCAGAAUAAAUUUAGAUAAAGCAUUGAAUCACAACAUGCACUGAUGAACUCUAAGAAUUCACACUAAUUGACUAACAGGCACUGUUGAGAUAAUGAAUUAUUUUAUGUGUGGUGAAAAUAUUUGACAUAUCUGUUUCUUGGGCUUACAUACAGCCCUUAGCUCCAAAUCCUUGUUAGAUUGGGAAACAGAAUGAACAAAAUUUGUUGCUAAAGCAGAUGUUUAGCAGGGCCUAAGGGAAUCUCGGUCAUAAGCACUAUUUCAUUUUUGGCCCAUUCAUUGUUGAGUUGAAAAUUUCUUAGGUGUAGGUUAGCGAGUAUGUGUUUAUAUGUCUACAUUAGCUCUGAGUUUAAUUUGGCAACCAAGAUAUAAACUUCCAGGAAAAAUACCAGUAUUUUGUUGACCCAUUAUUUCAGUUUUAGAAUACAUGUAUAUCUGUGUUUUCAACAUGUAUGUAUGAUAUUCAGCAGACAUUUCACUGACUCAUAGAGUAGCAGAUUUUGGUUUAUUUAAAAUAAGUGUGAUCACCAGAGUGAUUUGAGAAUAGAAAUUCAAUCAUGAUAUAUUUGAUUCCAUAAUGAAAAAUCAUUAAAGCCUAGAUCCUAUAAUAUAUAUGAAUUAUAUCAAAUAGGAAACUAUCAUAUAGGAAACGAGAAGGAUAGGAUCAAACUCUUAACAGGAAGGAUACAACUUAAAAUGGAGUCACUUAGGUCCCUUUUAUAGAUGUUAUUCUCUGCUAUGUCUUUAGAAUUGAAAUUAGAGAACAUAUGCCAGGCAACUGUGGAAUGGCUGCUGUCCACACAGCUGCAGUUUUUGAGAAAACCCCAAAAUUUCUGAACAAAUAUGGAACCCAGAUUACUUUGAUUAAAGGUACAUAGGAGAGCCACUGAAAGGGCCACAGCUUCUAACGAGGCAGGAGCACCUUGUAAGCACCACAGCCACCCCUGAGUUCUGAUCCUCCAAUCUUGCCUGAUGGAGUAAACAUGAAGAUUUUAAAUGAAAUUAUGUAGAUGCCUUUGUCAACUGUUUGUAGUUAUUUUGUGUGUGUGUGUGUGUGCUUUUUUUUUUGUUUUUAACCACCAGGACACUUGAAAACUUGUGACUUGUGAAGUUCACUUAAGGAGGAAUUUCAAAAUGCUUGAAAAUAAAAAGUAGUAUCUGGUUGGGAAUUGUUUUUGUGUUCUUUUGCUACAAAAUAAAUUUGCUAGGUUGCUGAGAACAAUAAGCUGGCUCAGCUUAGAUGUGGGAGUUUAUGCUGUCAGUGUCUUGAGUCCCAGAAUGCCACCUUACUCCUGGCUUCCUGGUCCUACCUACCUGCCUAUUUGCACCUUGAUUUUUAUUAGGAAACAGGCCUCCCACAUGUGGUACCCAAGAUCCCAUCAUUAAAAUACUGCCAAACAUAGCUCUUUCCUGCUCUUUCUUUACCCCUGCAAGUCUUAUUGACUCAUCUUCCUUGUUGCUGUUCCCACUUAAUUUCCCCACAUGACAUUCCCCUAUUAUGACUAUACCAAUAAGUAGAUAAGGGGUAUGAAUGAAUGAAUGAUCAUGUUAAUCUUUAUUUACCUCCCUUUUCACUGUAAACAAUUUCUUCUUAAAUUUUAGCCUAGCCUGUGAUUAUCUCACCACACUGGAAUAAUUCAAAAUAAGAAUGAAAUGGCUCACCUCUAUUUCUUAUGGACUAGAAGAAAGGAUGAAGGAAGGUUGGCAGAACCCCAGCCUUACUCUGGAAACACAACCCAAAAAGUAUCUCUUCACCUUGAUCUCGCACAGGCCCAGAGUACCCUAGAAUGCAGGGGCAAGUAUGUGUGUGAAGGACUCUAGAAUAGCUGUAAAAAUGGUUGAAUGUUAACCAUUUAGCUGUACUGGUGGCUUAGUCCAGUAUUCCCAUAACUUGUUAACUAUAUAAGAAAUCUAGUCUGAGCUACUUCCCAGCAAUCUCAGUAAGUGUUGAGUUUAUAGUAACAAUGUUUUAUUCUUGAAAUCAAGUCAAUGUUACCUGCAUUGCAUUGUAAUAGAACCAUAUAUGUACAUUAAAGGGAAUUGUUUGAUUUUUGGGGGCAAGGAAUUGCAGAAAUGGUUUUAACCAAGGUCGGUUAAAGUGAGACUUUGAGAGUGAAGGAGGAUGAUGUAGCCUUUUCACUCUGAAAUGGCAAGCCGAUUAUAUUCUCUGAGUCUACCAAAGACUCCUGUCUGGGGAGUGUGAAUGGAGUGUGUGUGUAUAUCCCAUGCUUUCUACCAUGGUGUUAACCUAAGACCUCCUAAUAAAGGCAUCCAAAGAAUACCAAGAGGUGACAAUGGGUAGUUGGCAUGAGUAAAUUUGGUUCCCUUUGUCAACAGCUCUCUGAGUAAGAACUAAAAGUUGUUCUGGGUAAAAGUGGGGAAAAUCACCCAUUGCUUGAGCCUCAUUUCCACAAUAAGCAUGCUCUUCUCAUCCAUGAGAAUGACCCUCAAGGGUUUAUUCUGAAUUCUUGGCUCACAUGUAGUCUUGGGAGGGAAAGAGUGACCAGAACACCAUAAAACCUGCAAGAUAUUACUUUGAAUGAAGGAAUGUUUCAGGUCAUUUUUUAGGGACUGGAAACCAAAUAUAGGCCAAGGACCAUGCUCAUUCCAUGGAGAAGAGGCGAACUCUCUGCUGACUGUAUUUUGAGUUGCCUGAAGGAGGAGGUUGACCCAGCUGUAAUGAAUAUUGAGGCCAUCAGACCUCAGAAAAUAUGUGCAUGCAAUCUCAAGGGCUGUGAACAUGGGACAGGAAGGGAAAAGGACAAUUAUAAAGUCAAUCUUAGCAGUUUUUGCAAUACCUCUUAUUUGCAGACUAUUGGAUUUAUGUUAUUGCACUCUUUGUGUGACCUAUCUUAUGUAUCUGAUAGUUUAUAUGAAUAAUUGAGUUGUAAACUCCUAUAUACUUUAUUAAA